AGUAUCUGGGGUUAAUAUGGCUUCGAAAGGACAGGUCGAGAGUUUAACUGAGGAAGUAAUUUGUUCCAUCUGCCUGGAUUUCUUCACUGAACCAGUAAUCCUGGAGUGUGGACACAAUUUCUGCCGCUCCUGUAUCACACAGUGUUGGGAAAGGCAGGAUAAAAACGCCUGCCCGGAAUGUCAAGAGGAGGUUGCAGACCGCAUCCUCAGGGUCAAUCGGGCCUUAAGAAAUCUGUCUGAGAAAGCUCGAAAACUAAACCUGAAUCCGAAACAGAACAAAAUUAAACUUUACUGCGAGGAACAUGAGGAAGAACUGAAGCUGUUUUGUGAGACGGACAAGACACUGAUUUGCCUGAUCUGUGCGACUGCGAAGGAGCACAAAUUUCACAACUUCAUGCCGGUUAAAGAGGCCGUUGAAACCUACAAGAGUCGGGUUAAAUCUUCCUUAGACUCUCUCACAAAAAACAAAGCAGACUUUGAAGAAAUGGAGCAGCAACAGAAAGAGAAGAUUUUCGGAGUUCAGGAACAGUCACACAUCCUUCAGUCCCACGUCACAUCACAGUUUGCUGAACUGCACCAGAUUCUCACCGAGAAAGAGCAGCGCAUACUUAGAGAUCUCAGGGAAGAAGAGGAGAGGAUUCUAAGUCCAAUGGAGGAAAAUCUUCGAAAGAUUCAAAGGAAUUUAAAUUCUAUCCAGGAGAAGAUCUCAAGGUUACAGGAACAGAUGGAUCAAAAAGAGACUGUGGUAUUUCUCAAGGAGGAAGCUUCUCGGAAGAGGAGCAUCAGCGAUGAUUACGAGAUAUUGUCCGUGAAAAAUGGUGUCCUUCCGGUUGAACAAUUCGAUCACCUCUAUUUGUUGAACGCAGCGUCGAGAGAAACACUUGAUGACAUUAAUCGAGUCUCUGUCACCCUGGAUGUGGAAACGGCGAAUCCGUGUCUCGAGGUGUCUGAGGAUCGGAAGAGUGUGAGACGGACCGAGACCUGGAGGGAUCUCCCUGACACCGGGAAGAGGUUCACAGACUUCGCUUAUGUGCUGGGAUCGGAGGGAUUCAUAUCGGGGAGACAUUACUGGGAGGUGGAGGUGAUGGGGAAUCACUGGUGGGAUAUAGGAGUUGCCGCAGAGUCUGUGGAGAGGGAGGGAGAUGUCGUAUCGAGUCCUGAGACCGGAUUCUGGAUCAUCAGGCGGGUCGAUGACGAGAUCAUUGUUCCCACCACCCCUGGAUCCCGUCUCCUUGAUGAUCCCAUCCCCGGGAGGGUGGGAGUUUAUCUCAGUUACGAGUCUGGGAUGAUUUCAUUUUACAACGCGGAGACAAAGUCCCAUCUCCAUACCUUCACUGGGAAUAAAUUCACGGAGAAACUUUAUCCUUUUUUCGCGAUUGGAUAUGAAAACGAGUGGCUGAGCAUCUGCUCCGGUUCGGCUCUGGGUCUGUAAACGGGUCGGGUCCCGGGACCGGCGUCAGGAGAAAGUCAGUGUAAAUAUACAUGUUCGGAAAGUGAAAUAAACACGAUACGAGAAUUAUAGAUCCAUUAAUUUUAACUCGUUCACUGCAUCUGUCAACCGAACAGAAAUACUGCGGAUUAGGCGGCAGCAGCGGGCGGCGGGUCCUGAACUCCCCGGCUCCCCCUGGUCCUAAAGUCUACCAGUACCAUCAGGGUCAGUGGAACAUGUGGUGGUGCUGCUGACUAGAAAAGAGAGGUCAGGGUGAAUCUUGGUAAGACGGGACAUGUAGUGGUGGUAACACACAAAACGCCGGAGAUUCACAGCGUAUCAGGGAGCAUCUCAACAACGGAGAUAUCACUUUGGAUACUGUUGUGGGGGAUAACCUGGCAGAGGAAAGUCACCGUGGUCGGAUCUCUGCUAUUGAGACUGCCUCUGUGAAUCUGAAGGGAAGCCGCGAGAAGAGGUGCGCUGUGUGAUAGGGGAUUCGUCAGGGGAAUAGAAAGGAGGUUCUGUGGGCGAGAACGAGAUUCCCGGAUGGUAUGUUGCUUCCCGGGUGUCGGGGUCCAGGACAUCCCAGAUCGAGUCGUAAGUAUUCUUAUGUAGAGGGUGAACAGCCAAAUGUCGUGGUCCAAUGACAUGGGGGGGACGUGUAACAGGACCUGCACAGGGUGUUCUGAGAGUUUGGUGCUAAGUUAAUGGGCAGGACCUUCAGGGUUGUGAUCUCAGGAUUGCUACCCAUGCCACAUGCUAAUGAAGCCAGAAAUAGCAAGAUUAUACAGUUUAACACGUAGUUAUACUGUAGGCGCAAACAUAAAAUCUUUGGAUCAUUGGUCUCUCUUCCAGGGGAGAUGGGACCUGUACCACAGGGACUGCUUGCACCUGAACUGGAAGGGGAAUCAUAUCCUUUUGGGAAAGUUUCUUCAUGCUGUACGGUGGGGUUUUAAAUAGAGUUGCAGGGGGGUGGGAACCAGAGUGCCAUAUCAAUUAGUGGAGAAGUUGUUGAGACAGUUAUUGGUAAAACCUCAGACAAAGUCAGGAAUCAAAAUGUUGAGCAUGGUGUAACUAGUAUCCUGAACUGUGUAAAUAUCAAUAAAAGAAGUACCGUAGGAUAGAGGGAUGAGCUCAAGGCAUGGAUCAACACCUGGAAUGAUGACAUCGUGGCGCUCUGGGAGGGGUGUGGUCGACAGCUGCUGUGAAAUAAGAAAGGUCUUGCCACAUAAUGGGAUUAUAUUACAGACCACCCAACAGUCUGAGAGAUUUAGAGGAACAAAUGUGUAAAUAUCACAGACCGUUGAAACAAACAUAAUAUUGCUAUCGUAGGUGAUUUUAGUUUUCUACAUAUUGACUGGAAAUCCCACAUGUUUAUUGAGGACCAGAGGAUUGUUGGAUCGUCAAUGUUGUUCUACUGUUUAAAAAGGACUCUCAAUAAAAACCAGCAAAUUAUUGACGUUAGUUGUGGGAAGGUUAUUGGAAGGUAUUCUAAGUGACCAGGUAUAUAAAUUUGAUCAGACAUGGACUAAUCGAGGAUAUUCAGCAUAACUUAUUGUGUGGUAGACCAUAUCUAACCAAAAAAGUUACUACGAAAGUGGAUGAAGGCAAGGCAAUGGAUGUUGACUACAUAGACUUUAGCAAGGCAUUUUGACAAGGUCGCGCAUGAGAGGUUGGUCAAGAAGGUUCCGUAGCUCGGCAUUCAAGAUGAGCUUGUAAAUUGGAUCAGACAUUCACUUUGCAGGAGAAGCCAGAGAGUGGUAGUAGAUGGUUGCCUCGCUGACUGGAGACCUGAGACCAGUGGUGAUGGGUCCCUUGAUGUUUGUCAUCUAUAUUUAACACCCUGGGAAUGGUUUCACUGCUAAUGUAAUAAUCUUUCCGUAGAAGCAGUGUUUGGGUUAUGGUUUGAGAUAACGGGUGCUUUGGAAUGUAAGCAGUCCAAUGACCGGAGGGUGUUCGUGUGUCGUGUGCAUGACACCCGAGUGAUCUGGGUCUUUUCUUUGUGAUUGAUUUCGUUGGAUGGUGUGUGAUUGCCCUGAGCAUUGAACCAGUAGGUUGCGUGUUUAAGUCUAUGCUAAACUAUUGUUCGGUAAAGUGAUUACGAUACGUGGUUAUAGAUGCACCAGAGUUGAGCGGUGGUGUGAAUCCCCAGGGCUAUUGGUAACGAAUGUGUACUUGUUGAAUGGGGUAAAUAUACGUACUCCUGAUGAAUUGUCAAUUCGACUUUUAAGUACUGUUAAAUCUGAAGGCAAGGUUAUGAUUGUGAGGCGGAGGUUUGAUAAAAAGGGCGGGCACAGACUUUGUAUUAGUUCAGACUAGCGCUGACGUAAUGGAAAUAGAACUGCCUGGUACUUUUGGUGCUCCAGGGAAGGUGGGGUCGCGUGGACUGUCUAUACUUUCCGGGAGGAGGAGAGUGUAGGGCAGCGGGCCGAAUCGCAAGUCGAGUCUCCCGCAGCUGAGGACGGAGACUUCAAAGAGAUGGCUCUCUGGGUUCUGCGUAGCGAGGGGAAGGGGUGGUCUGAUUUGGAAUGUCUAAUUAUCCUCCCAGCGCGAAGUGCAUUGGUAGCUCCUCUUACCUCCCUAGCGAAUAAAUGGAAAAAUGCCCAGGUUGGAAGUCCCACCUAUGGUAGGCUCUGCCUGUUCUCAGGAAUGAAGCCCACCCCUAAAGGCGAAGAGGAGUAUGAGGCGGAACAGACCUCUCAGUUGUUAGAUGAGUGACAGUGCUGUAAUGAUGUAAACAAGAAUGAUUGGUUGAAAGUUCAAGCGGGAGGGCUGUUGACCUGGUGAGAGCCGUAAGGCGCAAAACCCCCUUGCUAUUUCUGCGGCCUACAUGCAAGCACUAGAAAAGGUGUUUGAUGUGACGGGAACCCCAGUGGAGCUUAUGAAGGGGUUUCAGAACAUGUCAGGAGAAGGGGGAGCAACUUUCUGCCGACAUCUUUCGGCUAGCGAGGCGGCUAAAUUGCUUGAGAUGCAGGGGUAAAUUCAGAUGGCUGAGGUGGAGAGUGAAGAAUGGACCAAAUAGCCAAAGGCGCCCAGUCCCAGAACCUGAUCGCUUGGGGUCUCCGACUGUCUCCUAAGACGCGCCCCCUCCCUCGUUUGUUGAGAUGAUCAGUGAAGUACAAGAGGAGGAGAAUGCGUCGGAGGCGCGGGAGGCAUCCGUCAUAAGGGUACAGUCCUCUAUAGUGGUCCCCCGCGUUGAAGUGACCACGGAUAGCCUGCCCCGGGGAGUGGUAGAGGAGAUCAUGACAGAGUUGAGAACUGAGAUGUCCCGGUUGUUAUGAUGGAGCUGAUAGGGAGGCGGAUCCUCUAAGCGGACGGACUAUGCAGAGGGCUGCUCGCAGCCGGGGUCCCGGAGAAAGGGAGCGGCCGGUAUUGUCUGUUAUAAAUGUGUUGAAUAGGGACACUUCGGGCGGGAGUGUGAACGAAGGGAAAUCCCUCGGAAAGUAACUUCCCGGGUACUUAAGCAGAGAGAGACGUUGGGAAAACUCUUAGAAGAGACCUGGUGUAUUGGGGUGAACACAUUCCCAGCAAUAUGUCAAGGAACACCCUAAAGCAAAGCAUCAUAUUCCUGAAGGCUUAUUGGUGCCAAGCUCCAGUGUAUCGCUACAGAUAGAGGGUAUUUAUGCUAUAGCCAUACUUGACACAGGUUCGCAGGCCACUUUGAUGUACCAUUCAUUUUACAACCAGUAUUUGACGCAUUUGUCAUUGACGCCACUCAAUGCACGAGAGAUCUGGGGUCUUAGUGCGGGUGAUUAUCCGUACGAUGGUUAUUUGUCAGUGAAGCUGGAGUUUUCGGAGGCCGAUGUGGGAAAGACUGAGGUCCUUGAUACAUUAGCACUGGUUUGACCGGAGCCUGUUGAGAAAAGCGGCGUUUCAAUUCUUGUGGGGACCAGCACACCUAUUGUGAGGAGCAUCAUGGGAGCCUGCAAGGAGAAAGAGCGAGCUUCCUGAGAACAUUGUCCGUUCACACGGCGUUUCAAAAUGCUUUUGAGGAAGUGCGUGGCUGCAUUGGGCCGGAUAACGAGUUUAAACGAGGGACUGUGUGGAUCACCCAGUCCAAGCCAGUCGUGUACCGGUCCGGGGAAGUAGUGAAAGUAAUGAGAGGAUUGGAGGGAGGCAAAUCCUGUCCCUUUGUUCAAAAAAGUUAGUAGGGAUAGUCCCGGUAAUUAUAGACCAGUGAGCCUUACGUCUGUGGUGGGAAAGCUGUUGGAAAAGAUUCUUAGAGAAAGGAUCUAUGGGCAUUUAGCGAAUCAUGGUCUGAUCAGGGACAGUCAGCAUGGCUUUGUGAAGGGCAGAUCGUGUCUAACAAGCCUGAUAGAGUUCUUUGAAGAGGUGACCAGGCAUACAGAUGAGGGUAGUGCAGUGCAUAUGAUCUAUAUGGACUUUAGUAAGGCAUUUGACAAGGUAUGAGUACAAUGUUUUACCGUUUGGGAUGAAAAAUGCUCCAGGGACAUCGAAAAAGAUGAUGAAUUCAGUAAUUCAGGGUGUAAAAAACACAGGGGCUUUUAUCGAUGAUCUGGUUGUACGGAAUGACACAUGGGAAGAGCAUAUUGCGGCUGUAGAAAAGCUGUUUGAAAGCCUGUCCAAGGCAAAUCUUACUGUGAACCUCGCUAAAAAUGAGUUUGGCCAUGCCACCGUUAUAUAUCUUGGCUAUUGUAGUAGGCCGGGGCCAAGGUUCAAGCUAUUGCUGUGGAUCCUGUUCCAACAGGCAAGAAAGCUUUAUGAAAGUUUUUAGGAAUGGUUGGGUAUUAUCGUAAGUUUUGCAAGAACUUUGCAGAUAUCUGUCCUCCCCUAACGAAACUCUUAGGGAAGAGUGAAAGAUUUCCUUUAAGAUAGGAAAUUUUCCACUCUUAAAGAUAGCGGAAUCAAAGGUUAUGGGGAUAAGGCAGGAACUGUAUACUGAUUGUGGAUGAUCAGCCAUGAUCACAGUGAAUAGUGCUGCUGGCUCGAAGGGCCGAAUGGCCUACUCCUGCACCUAUUGUCUAUUGUCUAUUUGUAUUGAGUGACCUUUGUCAGGAGACAACUGAACGCCUGAAAACUAUUCUGUGUUAUCAUCCUGUGCUCAAAGCACCUGAUUUUAAUAAACCAUUUUCGAUCACGGUAGACGCCAGUGAUGACACUGCCGGGACAGUAUUGUUGCAAAAGGAUGAUGAUGAAAGUGAACAUCCAGUAGCUUAUUUCUCGAAAACAUUUAAUAUGCACCAGAAAAAUUAUUCUGCUGUGGAAAAGGAGUUGCUAUCACUUAUUCUGGCUUUACAACAUUUUGAGGUCUAUGUUUGUCCUGCCCAGAAACCACGUGGUUUACACGGACCAUAAUCCAUUGGUGUUUCGAACGAAGAUGAAGGAUAAGAAUAGAAGGUUACUUAAACUGGAGUCUGAUCUUGCAAGAAUAUGACCUGAAAGUAAAACAUGUGAAAGGUACUGACAACAUCAUAGCUGAUUGUUUAUCCGGAUGUUAAGUCAGAAAUUAGGCCAUAAGACCGUAAGACAAAGGAGCAGAAGUAGGCCAUUCGGCUCAUCGAGUCUGCUACGCCAUUUUAUCAUGAACUGAUCCAUUUUCUCCUAUUUAGUCCCACUCCCCUGCCUUCUCACCAUAACCUUUGAUGCCCUGGCUACUCAGAUACCUAUCAAUCUCUGCCUUAAAUACACCCAAUGACUUGGCCUCCACUGCUGCCCAUGGCAACAAAUUCCAUAGAUUCACCACCCUCUGACUAAAAAAAUUUCCUCGCAUUUCUGUUCUGAAAGGGUGCCCUUCAAUCCUUAAGUCAUGCCCUCUCGUACUACACUCCCCCAUCAUGAGAAACAACUUUGCCACAUCCACUCUAUCCAUGUCUUUUAACAUUCGAAAUGUUUCUAUGAGGUGUCCCCUCAUUCUUCUAAACUCCAAGGAAUACAGUCCAAGAGCGGACAAACGUUCCUCAUAUGUUAACCCUCUCAUUCCCGGAAUCAUUCUAGUGAAUCUUCUCUGUGCCCUCUCCAACGUCAGCACAUCCUUUCUUAAAUAAGGAGACCAAAACUGCCCACAUUACUCCAAGUGAGGUCUCACCAGCGCCUUAUAGAGCCUGAACAUCACAUCCCUGCUCCUAUACUCGAUUCCUCUAGAAAUGAAUGCCAACAUUGCAUUCGCCUUCUUCACUACUGACUCAACCUGGAGGUUAACUUUAAGGGUAUCCUGUACGAGGACUCCCAAGUCCUGUUGCAUCUCAGAACUUUGAAUUCUUUCCCCAUUUAAAUAAUAGUCCGCCCGUUUAUUUUUUCUGCCAAAGUGCAUAACCAUACGCUUUCCAACAUUGUACACGUUUUGCGCAGUUAUCUGAAAAUUAUUCAUGUAUUGCUUCAAACUUUGUAAUUUAAAGUUAAGCCAAAAAUUUUGAUCCUUUCUCAAAAUUUUUCCCAAAAAGAGGGAGGUGUGAUGGGAUCCUGAGUUAUCCCUUAUGAACUGUGCUUUUAAAAGGAGAGUCAGAGCUGUACAGCACAAACACCUUGUUACUAAGAGAGAGAGAGAGAGAGAGAGAGAGAGAGAGAGACGAAGACUACUCACAGUUUGUUUAGAAUUUCUGCAAGGACACUGCCAGCUUCUGAGUUCCUACAGAGAGAGAAGACAGGAGCUACUAGAUGGACAGCUGGUGUUCAGCAUGGUGAGAUAUAUAGAAGGUCAGCUGGUAGACACACAGACACAUGAUUUUGGACACUGGAUGAGCUUUGCUGUGCCCACAGAAAGGUGGGUUUUUGGAGGAUCGAUCAGUGGCUCUCGCAGUGUGGAGAAGGUAUGACCGGUUGGACGUUAAUAGUGUGUUCAACCCUCGCCUGGGUUGAUAACUCCAGCACAGAAAACGGUCCCUUUGUUGUGGUCACAUUCGGUGACUUCUAAAUGAUAUCGGAGGACAACGAGAAGAAUCGACGGCAUCGGCUUACUCGAAUAACUACAACACCUCUCGCUCUCCAUCACUGCUCAACUAAAUACCACGAACUGAACUGAACUUUACUUAUCAUCGCAAGACUGUAUCCAGUCUAGGCUUGAAGAAGAUUGUUUUUUUAUAUUUCCACAUUUAUACAUAUCUAAUCUUUGCUAACCUGUUUGAUAUAUUUGAAUUUAUAUUGCUGUAUUGCGUAGUUACUAAUAAAUAUCAUUAGUUAACAGCAAUACCAGACUCCAGGGUGUUUUCCAUUUCUGCUGGUUCUUUAACCCAUUACGGGGUACGUGACAGGUGGGAGAGACAAAGAAUGUGGUAUGAGUGGAAAGCUGAGCCUGAAAUAAAGGAGAAUGAGGGUGAUGGCCAGAUGAAGAGGGUGGGGAGGAAGGGAAAGAGAUAGGAUGAUGAAGGCUGGUGGAUCCUUACCACCCGGGCCAUGCUCUUUUCUUGCUGUUGCCAUCAAGUAGAAGGUCCACGUGCCUCAGGACUCGCGCCACCAAGAACAGUUACUCAGGACUCGCGCCACCAAGAACAGUUACUCAGGACUCGCGCCACCAAGAACAAUUACUGAGGACUCGCGCCACCAAGAACAGUUACUCAGGACUCGCGCCACCAAGAACUGUUACUCAGGACUCGCGCCACCAAGCACAGUUACUCAGGACUCGCGCCACCAAGAACAGUUACUCAGGACUCGCGCCACCAAGCACAGUUACUCAGGACUCGCGCCACCAAGAACAGUUACUCAGGACUCGCGCCACCAAGAACAGUUACUCAGGACUCGCGCCACCAGGUUCAAGAACAGUACUAUCCAUCAAGCAUCAGGCUGACAAACAAAAAAGGGAUAUCUACACUCAUUUAAGGACGCUGUUAUAUUGCUAUUUCAUUCUCGUUAUUUAUUGCUAUUUAUUUAUAUUUGCACAGUUAUUUACUGUUUAUGGUUCCGGACGUUUAUAGUCACUGUUUUAUAAGUUUGCUAAGUAUACUCACAGAAAAGGAAAUUCGGGG